AUGGGAGGCGAAACAUUCGAAAUUGCUAAGCUCAAGAGCUCAUACCCAAAGUUGUCCGCUCAUCCAGUGGGCCAAUGGAUUCCCAACAUCUACAAGGAUAGGAUUGGCAUGUUCACUGGUGGAGGCCAAUAUGAAACCAAAAAUCUACGAGCGAUGCUGACCGAGGGGAGUGCUUCUGGUGAACCUCACGUCAAGCUAUCUGUAUGGGAUGCACCCGACCUGACUCGACCAACCUUCAAAGAAGCAACCAGCCACAAAUUCGAAUCAACAUCUGUAGGCAGCUGGUUCGGUCCGUCUUGGUCGACUCAUUGGUUCAAGGUCCAGCUUACGGUUCCCAAAGAGUUGUGCAAGAAAGAACUCCUGGAACUGCGCUGGGACGCCAAUAAUGAGGGCAUGGUAUGGACCGAAGAUGGAAACCCGCUCCAAGGGCUGACCGGUGGCGGGGAGAGGACGGAAUGGAUACUGCCAAAGAAGUUCAGAGAUGGGAAAGAGCACACCAUAUAUAUCGAGAUGGCCUGUAACGGCAUGUUUGGAAAUGCGCCAGGCGGGGACUCGAUCCAACCCCCUGACCCAAACAAGUACUUUCAAUUGAGCAAGGCGGAGAUCGUUGCAGUAAACGUGGAAGCCCGCCAUCUGUAUAUUGAUAUGUGGGAGAUUGGUGAUGCGGCACGAGAGUUUCCUGCCGAUUCUUGGGAGCAACAUAAAGCACUAAAAAUCGCCAAUGAUAUUAUUGACGCUUUCGAGCUAGGUAACCAAGAUUCAAUCUUGAAAGGCAGAAAGAUUGCACAGGAGUAUCUUGGAAAGAACUCUAGCUCUUCCAAAGUCUACGAUUCCGGAACCGAGCCUAUCGUUUAUGGUGUUGGACAUUGCCACAUAGAUACAUGUUGGCUUUGGCCAUGGGCUGAGACUAAGAGGAAAGUAGCCAGGUCUUGGUCUAACCAGUGCGAUUUGAUGGACAGGUAUCCAGAACAUCGAUUCACUUGCUCGCAGGCGCAGCAGUACAAGUGGCUCAAGCAGUACUAUCCAUAUGUCUUUGACCGUGUCAAGGAAAAGGUCAAGAAGGGAACAUUCCAACCUGUUGGCGGCAGCUGGGUUGAGCACGAUACCAAUAUGCCAAGUGGAGAGUCGUUGGUACGCCAGUUCGUUUAUGGUCAGAGACUGUUUGAAAGUAACUUUGGAGAGAGGUGCCGGACAUUCUGGCUCCCAGAUACUUUUGGCUAUUCUAGCCAGCUUCCUCAACUGUGCCGUUUAGCGGGUAUGACACGAUUUUUCACCCAAAAGUUGAGCUGGAACAACAUUAACAAAUUCCCACAUACUACAUUCAACUGGGUUUCUCUAGAUGGAAGUCAAGUCAUUUGUCAUAUGGCACCGUCUGAGACGUACACCGCUGAAGCAAACUUUGGGGACGUGAGGAGAUCUGUUACUCAGCAUAAGUCUAUGGACCAGGAUAAUACCUCGUUAUUGGUUUUCGGAAAGGGUGAUGGUGGUGGGGGCCCAACUUGGGAACAUUUGGAGAAACUCCGACGAUGUCGUGGAAUGGCUGAUACUGUUGGUCUUUUACCUCGAGUCCAUCUUGGGGAGGGUGUCGAGGAAUUUUUCGAUCGGCUCGAAAAGAAGGCUUCCGAAGGCCUGGACUUUGUCACUUGGUACGGAGAGUUGUACUUUGAGUUGCAUCGCGGUACAUAUACUACUCAAGCAAACAACAAACGUAACAACAGGAAAUCCGAAAUCAUGCUUCAUGACAUUGAACAGCUCGCUACCUUGGCUUCUAUCAAGUCCGGGUAUAAAUAUCCAAAGGAAGAUAUUGACGACAUGUGGGAGGCUGUGCUUCUCUGCCAAUUUCACGACUGUCUUCCUGGAAGCUCUAUUGAGAUGUGCUAUGAUGAUAGCGAUGAGCUCUACGCAAAAGUGUUCAAGACAGGGGAGAAGAUUUUCAAGGAUCUACAAAGCGUUCUAGGGGUUCAAGAUGUGAGUCCUACUUCAGGGGAUAAUCUUCUGGCCCUGAACACAAUGCCUUGGCAUCGCCGGGAGAUCAUCAGUAUCGGUGAGAACAGGGCUGGCGUUGCCUGUGGAGAAGGAAACUUGCUCAACAUCAAAACAUUCAAGAUUACAGAGACGCCCGAGGUUACCGUCGAAGAAGUCAGGAAGGGGGUUUUCGUUCUUCAAAACGACCAACUCCGUGUAUCGGUCGAGGAUGGUUACAUAAGCUCUUUGUACGAUCGGAAAGCAGAGAGAGAGGUCGUUGCCAAAGGGGGCAAAGCUAACCAGCUGGUGAUAUUUGACGACAAGCCAUUGUACUGGCAAGCGUGGGAUGUCGAAGUGUACCACUUAGACUCAAGAAAAGAACUGUCCCCUGGAACGACCAAAAUAUUCCAAGCCGAUGCUCAUCAAGUAAGCGUUGUAACUGAAACGAAAAUUAGCGAUAAAAGUUGGAUCAAGACAUACAUAAGUCUCUCGGCAGCAUUCAAGGGCCAACAGUCGUAUGUUGAGAUGCACAGCGAGGUAGAGUGGCAAGAGAGUAUGAAGUUCUUGAAGGUGGAGUUCCCAGUGGAUGUCAGAAAUACCGAAGCUUCAUAUGAGACCCAAUAUGGUGUUGUUCGGAGACCAACUCACUACAAUACAACUUGGGAUAUGGCCAAAUUUGAGGUAUGCUGCCACAAGUUUGCCGAUCUUUCGGAGCAUGGGUACGGUGUAUCAAUUCUGAAUGAUAGCAAAUAUGGUUUUGCUACUUGCGGCAAUCUGAUGCGCCUUUCUCUUCUUCGUGCACCAAAAGCGCCAGAUGCGCAUGCAGAUAUGGGACGCCACCACAUCCGAUGGGCUAUUCUUCCACAUACUGGUGAUCUUGGACCUACAACCGUUAGGACGGCAUACAACUUCAACAAUCCUCUAAAGCUUGCUCAAUCCACAACGCCCAUCACCCCAGCGACUUUCAGCAAUCCAAUCAAGCUUAUUGGAAAUCCCUCAUUGAUUCUCGACACAAUUAAACGAGGAGAGGACGAUGAAGAUGUCUCUCGCGGCGAGCUUCCCAAACGAAAGGGUAAAAGCGUUGUCCUACGAAUUUAUGACAGUUUGGGAGGUACAAGCAAAGGUACGAUUGAAACUACCUUGAACGUCAAGAAGGUCUACAAGACCAAUAUACUGGAGGAUGACGAAGACGAAAUAUCGAUAUCAGACGGCAAGAUCGACAUUACCUUGAGACCAUUCGAGGUGGCAACGUUCAGGCUGCAACUUUAA